AUGUUCCUCGGCAAGCACAGCAGAGCCCUCUUCAUCAUCGUUACGGUGACUUUUCUUGUUGCCAGCGUUUUUGCCGUGGGCCGUGUCAUCGGCCGCUUCGGCAUUGUGAAGCGCCAUGGCUGGGACGAUUAUGUCUUUAUAGCAGCAUGGAUCCUCGCCUUUGGGCUAUCAUUCACAGUCGGGUUCGGCACCUCCAUGGACUUUGGUGAUGGGGAUGGGGACACCACACGGCUGCGGACCCAGUAUACCGCCAUGGUCAUGUUCAUUCCAGCCCUGAUGACGGCCAAGAUCUCAAUCCUCUUGCUCUACCUCGACAUCGCGCGGCAGUCGCAGAAGUUCCUCCGCGUCGGGUCCUACAUCACCCUCGCGGUUGUGUCAGUCGGAAGCGUCAUCCUGACUUUCAUGACGGCCCUGCGCUGCCGUCCCGUGGAGGCGGCGUACAACUUCGCUGCCCGGGACCACAGCUGCAUCCCCAUCCAGAACAUCUGGCUGAGCGCGUGGCCCAUCAACAUCGCCACCGAGCUCGCCAUCCUCGUUCUGCCCAUCCCCGCGCUGGCGACACUGCCGUUGACGCCAUGGCGGAAGAGCAUGGUAAUCCUGUCGUUUAUCCUAGGCGCCAUCUUUAUCGGAGUCAUUGACGUGGCGCGCAUCUACAAUCUUCAGCUAGCCGUCAUCGACCUUGAGCAGGCGACCGCGCCCAGGCCCGUCAAUGUUGGCAUGGCGCUUCUGUGGUCGGCGGUAGAGGUCAACACGGCCGUCAUUGGGGCCGCUAUCCCGACUCUUCCCCCAGUGAUUAGACGACUGACGCCAUCCAACGCGUUGCGCCUCACCUCUCAUGGAAGCACGCGAACAUUGCGGCAAUUAUUUCCACCCCAGGCAGGCUCCCAGAACUCGCCAAGCCCCAAUGCGUUGGAGCAUCAC